AUGAGAGCGCGAGCUCUGCGGGACAUGAAUAAUAGCUCAUAUCGCAUUAUCAAAAUUCUCACCGAGUCUUUCCAAUAUCUCCACCAGCAUUCUCUUCGUCUACUGGUCCUUCUUGGUGUUCUACUGGCCACUCAGGGAAGAGUUGUAGAUCAGGAGAAGAUUUCGGAGUUGGUCGCCUCUCCGGCAGAUAUUAAGCCCUUGAAAGUCCAGCAGGAACUUGCCAACGAAAUACGGGAAACUCAACCUCUGCUGAUUGGUCCUGUUAAUACUCCUGAAAUUCCCGCAAAACCGAUUUCCGAAGCAAUCAAACCCGAAGAAGUCAAGGAAACCCAACCUCAAGUGGCUAACUCCAUCAAUGCUCUAGACAUUCAGGAAAGUCCAUCUCAGCUAGACAACUCCAACAAUUCUCCAGUUGCUCCUUCUCAGGCGAUUAAUCCAGUAGAGGUUACUAAGGGAAACCAAGAAAGUCAAUCUCAGUUGGUUAACUCAAUCAGUUCGGAAGUGGCACCUUCUGAUGCUAUCAAACCUGUAGUAGUUGAACCAGAAGUUAACCAUGAAAUCCAAUCUCAGCUGUCGAACUCAAUCAGCUCUCAUGUGGCAUCUUCUGAUGCUAGCAAACCCGUAGAAGUUGAACCAGAAGUUAAAAAAGACGAGCUAGUUCAGCUAAGUAACACCAUAAACUCAGAAGGAGUGCAAGCAGGCAUAGAAGUAAAACAAUCCACUUCCAAUGAGAUUACUAAGGAACAUGAAAUCCCCAAAGAACACUCGGCAAAACAAGGUCGCGACAACAAGAUUCAGUUUGCGUAUGAACAGCCCAGUCAAACCCAAAACCAAAACCAGCUCCUUAGUGUUCAAGACCUGGAAAAGAUCUUCAAGUAUCAGGAAGUGCAGGUGAUCAACGGAUCCCAGCCCUUGGGCCAGUACCAAAACCACUUUAAUAAGUUCCAGACAUACCCGAAGGUGGAAUACGUUUCUGUGGUGAACACCUCGGAAGCCAAUGUUACCCAUCACAUUCACAACCAUACGCACUACUAUCCUAACCAGAAGAAGCCCGGAUUUCCCUUUCCCUUUCCCUUCCUGCCAAAUCCCUUCGAGAAGUACGAGCCCACCUAUGUGAACUUGAAUCUUACCACGAACUCCACGGCUAAUGUGACGCAGCACACCCACAUCUACGAGGAGACCAAACCCUUCCCCUUCCUGCCCAAUCCCUUCACGGACUUCCCCAAGGUUGUGGGUCUUAGUUUGGUACUCCUCCCGAAUCCCUUCUUCGUAAACAAAAGCCAGGGCCAGCCUCAGGUGGUGAAUCUUCCAGCUGGAUACCAGGAGAGUGGCGAAUACCAGUACUUUGGAAAGUUCCGUGCCUUUUCCGAGGAACCCCAGAAGCAGCAGCAGCCACAGAAGCCCAGUUUCUACCUGAUUCCCAAUCCACUGGCCAAUCAGAUCGCCAAUGAGGGUCAAAAGGGUGAGGCCAAUGUCCUGCUCCCAGUGAAUCUGGCUGCUCUACCCCUUCUAGUUCCCGCUCCUGAAGUGGUCCAAGGCAAGGCAUCGUCUUCGGGAAGCAUCAGUUUCCAGGAUCUAAUCAAGGCCAGCAAUGUCCAUGUGAGCCAGCCGCUCAAGCUGCAGGCCAACAAUGGCAUGACCCAAAUUCAAAAGGAGCAGGCUGCCAUACAGCAGCUGAUCCUCAAUCAUCUUAGCGAGCAGACGAAACUUUUCCAGAAGCAAUCUCUUGGCGAUGGCAAGCGUUCCCAGUCUGCUUCGCCAGUUGGAGUCCAGGAAGAAGAGGAGAGCUCUGUACUAUUUGCCGUGGAGAUCCCGAAGCCCAUCUACCGCUUUUUCAAAGGCAUCUUUGGUGGUUUCUCCAACUAAGAAGCCAAAGAUCGCAACCGAAAUAACAACCAAUAACUUGGAAGGAAUGACAUACUAGGAAAAAUAGCAUAUAUUUAGGUUACUAAUUAAUAAUUUUUAAUUCAAACAAAUUAGAUUGCAACCAAAAGAACAAACAAGAACUAAGAAGGAUUUAGAAACUAAUAAAC